AUGAGUAACCAAACAACAAACGAUGCAUCUGUUUCCGAGUUGCAUGAUCGUCUUUCUGAAUUGCAUGAACCGUCUUCAGCGACAGGUCAAGUACCAUCAUCACUGACAUCACCGCAACCGCCGCAGCCGCAGCGGCCAUCCCAGUUACCAUCACAGCCGCAGUCACCGCAACGACGAAAGGUGUGGGAAUCCGAUCGUCAAGCUUCAGAAUGCAGGCGUUGUGGCAGGAGAUUCAAUUUUUUGGUCCGACGACAUCAUUGCCGUCGAUGUGGACAAAUUGUAUGUGACAAGUGCAGCUCGCAUCGGGUGCGUCUACCUGCGGAUGAAAUUGUGGAAGAUCCAAUGGUGUCUACGGCUCAUUACACUAUUAUUGCAAUGCAACCGCAACGUGUGUGCGAUGCAUGCAUACGCCUUCCUCUCAAGGCGGACCCUGAUACUCGCAGUUCGCAUCCGCUGAAUAUCAGGAAUGCCAUGAAGCGCACAUCUAGUUCUCAGAGCCUGAUGAGUGAGUGUCCCGUGUGUGGGCAUGAUCUACUGGGGAUGCGCAAGACAGAUCAAGAGCGCCACCUACAACAAUGCUUGAACACAGGCAGUCCUCCAGUUCAUUUACCACGCUACAUAGUGUAUAAAUUAUCGGCAGACUCUCCGCAGAUCAAUGAAGAAUGCCCCAUCUGUUUUGAUGAGUUUCAAGUUGGGGACAAAAUUGCUCGUAUGGUUUGUCUUUGUUCAUUCCAUCAUCAAUGUCUGUCGGAUUGGCUGCAACGUGGCCGAGGUUGUCCUGUCCAUUAUGAUGCCAGUUUUGCGUCGUGA